AUGGCAGCCGUUGUGAAACACCCUAAGUUAUUUCUGUUUAAGACACCUGUCAGACACCUCAAGUUAUUUCUGUUUAAGACACCUGUCAGACACCCUAAGUUAUUUCUGUUUAAGACACCUGUCAGACACCCCAAGUUAUUUCUGUUUAAGACACCUGUCAGACACCUCAAGUUAUUUCUGUUUAAGACACCUGUCAGACACCCUAAGUUAUUUCUGUUUAAGACACCUGUCAGACACCCCAAGUUAUUUCUGUUUAAGACACCUGUCAGACACCCUAAGUUAUUUCUGUUUAAGACACCUGUCAGACACCCCAAGUUAUUUCUGUUUAAGACACCUGUUAGAGACCCUGAGUUAUUUCUGUUCAAGACACCUGUUAGAGACCCUGAGUUAUUUCUGUUCAAGACACCUGUUAGAGACCCUGAGUUAUUUCUGUUUAAGACACCUGUCAGACACCUCAAGUUAUUUCUGUUUAAGACACCUGUCAGACACCCCAAGUUAUUUCUGUUCAAGAUUCCUGUCAGACACCCUGAGUUAUUUCUGUUCAAGACACCUGUCAGACACCCAAAGCUAUUUCUGCUUAAGACACCUGUCAGACACCCUAAGUUAUUUCUGUUUAAGACACCUGUCAGACACCCCAAGUUAUUUCUGUUUAAGACACCUGUCAGACACCUCAAGUUAUUUCUGUUUAAGACACCUGUCAGACACCCUAAGUUAUUUCUGUUCAAGACACCUGUCAGACACCCUAAGUUAUUUCUGUUUAAGACACCUGUUGGAGACCCUGAGUUAUUUCUGUUCAAGACACCUGUCAGACACCCUAAGUUAGUUCUGUUCAAGACACCCGUCAAACACCCUGAGUUAUUUCUGUUUAAGACACCUGUCAAACACCCUAAGUUAUUUCUGUUUAAGACACAUGUCAGACACCCCAAGUUAUUUCUGUUUAAGACACCUGUCAGACACCCUAAGUUAUUUCUGUUUAAGACACCUGUCAGACACCCUAAGUUAUUUCUGUUCAAGAUUCCUGUCAGACACCCUGAGUUAUUUCUGUUUAAGACACCUGUCAGACACCCCAAGUUAUUUCUGUUCAAGAUUCCUGUCAGACACCCUGAGUUAUUUCUGUUUAAGACACCUGUCAGACACCCCAAGUUAUUUCUGUUUAAGACACCUGUCAGACACCCCAAGUUAUUUCUGUUCAAGACACCUGUCAGACACCCUAAGUUAGUUCUGUUCAAGACACCUGUUAGACACCCUAAGUUAUUUCUGUUCAAGACACCUGUUAGACAGCCCAAGUUAUUUAUGUUCAAGACACCUGUUAGACACCCUAAGUUAUAUCUGUUCAAGACACAUGUCAGACACCUCAAGUUAUUUCCAUUUAAGACAGAUGUCGGACAUCCUAAGGUACCAUUAUGGGAGUUGAAAGGACGUGGUUCAGGCUUGGAUAUCAUACUGUAA